AUGGGCUGUGGCAUGAGUACUAUCGACACGGACGACGCGUUCACUAGUCCUACAAAGUCCCAACACCAAAUGACAUCGAUUGCUGCUGGCCAGCGCUCGGUGGCAGCCUCUUCAGGUGCAACAACAACAACAACAACAACAACAACGACGUCAACUAAAAACAACCUCUCCGCUACAAAUACAAGUGUCAUUGCCCACACUUCUUCAAUAGCAUCCACAACCUUACCAUCGACCCCAACCGCUGCUGCACAUGCUCCUAUGACUUCAUCAAUAUCUAUGGGUAGCAAUAACAACAAUAAUGCAGCUUUAUCAGCAGCUGCUGCUCGUAAACGAUUCCAAGAACGAAAACAAUGGAUCCAAGCACGCAAUAACCAGAUUGAAGCUGGACUUUCUCUCACACAUAAUCGCGCAAUGAAAACAAUUAAGCUACUCAUGCUAGGUGCUGGAGAGUCUGGGAAGUCCACUGUCAUUAAACAGAUUAGACUCCUUCAUGGUACUGGCUUCACUGACCGUGAACGUAUCCAGUAUACAGGAGUCAUUUGGAGCGACGCUGUUCAUUGUAUGCGUAUUCUUAUCACAGCUGCAAAGGAUCUCAACAUCCCUCUAGACUCAACUAACCCAGAUUCACCUCUUUACGAAUUCAAUAAGCUAGUCAUGGAAACAGACCCUACGCAACAAUAUGAUGAAGAUGUCACCCACAUCAACAAUGCCACCAAUGCGUCUGGGACCCCUAACAAUGCCGCAUCACGAAACUACUUGGAUGACUACGUGCUAAAGUACGACAAUAGAAAGGGUAGGUCGCCUUUGGACCAAAGGCUGAAACAGCAACAGCAACAACAGCAACAACAGCAACAACAGCAACAACAGCAACAACAACAAACGGCACUCAACAGCGCCUACAAUGAGUUUGACGAGCACCAAGGUCUUUUAGAAGAUGUCGAAGGGGAGGACCUUCAAACUCAGAAAAUGAAACAGCAUCCACCAGCAAAACCAACAAAGCAACAGGUUGCAACAGCCAUUAGCAAACUGUGGAAAAAUGACCGGGGUAUUCGGGAGUGUUUUAAACGUGCUAAUCAGUUCCAGCUGGAAGUCAAUGCUGCAUACUAUUUUGAAAAUAUUUUCAACUACUGCAAGCUUAGGUACAGGGCUACAGACGAGGACAUUUUAAAGGGCCGCAUCAAAACAACAGGUAUCAACGAAACAAACCUCACAAUCAAUAACCGUGCCUUUCAAAUUAUUGAUGUUGGUGGCCAGCGUAGUGAGCGCCGUAAAUGGAUCCACUGUUUUGACGACGUCACGGCCAUUAUUUUUGUGGCUGCUGUCAGUGAAUAUGAUGAGGUGUUGUUUGAAGAUGCUACUAUGAACCGUAUGGCUGAGGCAUUAUUACUAUUUGAAUCUAUUUGCAAUUCACGUUGGUUUAGUAAUACUUCUAUAAUUUUGUUUCUUAACAAGAUUGAUAAGCUGGAGGAAAAGCUACCUAUUUCACCCAUCACCAAGUAUUUUAAAAACUAUACUGGGAAUCCUUUAAGUGCCUCUGAGGCGUGUCAAUACUUUCAAAAUUUAUUUUUGGCCCAAAACAAAAAUCCACGAAGAGCCAUAUAUCCAUAUCCUACAUGUGCUACUGAUACUAGUUCAAUGAAGUUUGUAAUUGGUGCAGUUACAGACGAAGUUAUUCAAACAGCACUCCGUGAGUAUGGCAUGCUAUGA